AUGGAUAACGAGUGGAAGAACGCAAAGAAAAAAUUAGAAAAACUUUUCGCUGACGACGAGAUGCGUGGUACAAUUAAAGGUCAACUUCUAAGGAUUGAUAUGAAGAACCGACUUGAAUAUUUCGAAGGAAGUGAUAAAGAAGUUAAGGCUUCUCUUAGUACACUUCUUUUAGACGAUUGUUUUUAUACAGACGAAGACGCAAAAAGAUUUUGGAAUGCCCUAAAUGACAAAAAUGUUGAAUGUGGAGACUUCCUCCAACUGCCUGAGGGCAUCCAUUUUUUAGGUGAUAAAGACGAAACUUCAAUUAUUUACAUUCGUAAAUGCUACCGCGAUUUGGCAAAGAUCGCAUUUGAUAAGAAAACGAAAAAAAGAUUGCGAAUCAGCGGUAAUCCGGGUAUCGGAAAGACGCUAUUCGGCUACUACUUACUUUAUUUACUUUCGCAAAAAAAUAUAGUAACUAUAUACGAUUCCCAUGCUUCGAAAACUGUGCUUAUCUUUGACAAGGAUAGCGUCUUUCGUACUUCCCGCAUAAAAGUUAUAGAAUCAUAUCAGAAAAAUUCAAAUGCAUGGUACAUUGUGGAUGCUAAGAUACCGGUUAAAGCUAAUGCAAGAACAAUUCUUUUAUGUUUACCUAGAAAGGAUCUCUAUAGAGAUUUUGACAAGUUUGGACUUUCAACAGUACGGUUCAUGCCAGUUUGGGGACGAAGAGAGAUCGAUGAAUGCAGGGACAAAAUUUUUUAUAACAUUGAGAAAGAAAAGGUUGAAGAAUUGUUUUUGAAGUGGGGAGGAAUUCCUAGGUUCGUUUUAGAACAGGCUGAUGAUAAAGGUUAUCAAGACAUGCUUGAAAAGGCAAUUAACAAGUGUAGCAUGGAUAUAUUUAAAUACGUUGGUGAAUCAACGGAUACAGAUGAAAUGAGCCACAAGCUCGUUCACAUUUAUACAAAUCUCCCAUUCGCUGACGAAGUAAAGGACGAAAAUGAAAUGGAUUUAGAUACUAUUCCCACUAUUCCUAAUGAUGUAAUGCUAGAUCGACACGGCGAAGGACCCUAUACAAAGUCAAUCGUAAGAUUCGCCUCUGACUUUGUUAAGCAAGAAGUGACCAAAACACUUGAGGAAGACAUAAGGAACAAAUUGCGUACUGAAACGAAUUUGAGCUUAAAAGCAGGAAUCAGUAAUUCGUUAUUGGGCAUGUCAUUUGAACAGAUUGUUCAUCGGGUGCUACGAGAUGGGGGACUUUUCAAAACACGUUCUUUAGAACUCAAUUGUUUAGAGGAAGACCUCAUUAUUAACAGGCAGAGUGAAAUACUCGAGUUUUUUAAAAGUAAUAUCAGUGUGAUCGAAGAUGGAAAAUACUAUAAACCUGUGGAACAAAAUUUUCCAACAAUCGAUGCCAUCAUUACUCCCAACAAACUUUUUCAGAUGACAAUAUCAAAGAUCCACCCUAUCAAGAUGAACGGUUUAAAAAUACUUUAUAAUAAGUUAGGGGGGGAGGAUGCGUCAGAAGAUAUCAAAUUUUAUUUUGUCGUACCAGAACACUUGUACGAUAAUUAUAGAAAGCAAGAUUUUCAUGCAUCCAACGAUACUCUUGCUCUAAAUGUACCACUUUGGAUCCAAUUUCGUGUUCAACAAUAUGUAUUAAAAAUAGUUUUGUAA